UUGCAAACCCUAACCCCAAAUCCCAAAUCUCAAUUCCCAAUUCACAAUUCACAAUUCUAAUUUCUCUUCCAAUCUUCCACGCACCGAGCCACCAAAGCAGCCGUCUGACGCAGGACUUGGACGAUCAACGAGGCGACGACGGUUUGAAUCUCAGGCGACGGCGACAACAGCAACAUCCAACAGCCAUAGUUUGAGUAGGUGAUUUUGAUCUGCCGAAAAGGAAGAGGAAGAGAAGGAAGAGGAGGAGAGAAGAAAGAGAGAAUCUGAGGAUGUUUUUCCACAUAGUGUUAGAACGGAAAAUGCAACUCCAUCCUCGUCACUUUGGCCGCGACCUUCGUGACAAGCUCGUAUCCAAGCUCAUGAAAGACGUUGAGGGAACUUGCAGUGGACGACACGGUUUCAUAGUAGCAAUUACUGGCAUCGAGAGCGUCGGAAAAGGUCUCAUUCGCGACGGUACGGGGUUCGUCACUUUUCCAGUGAAGUAUCAGUGCGUUGUGUUUCGGCCUUUCAAAGGGGAGAUUCUAGAAGCUGUUGUUACUAUGGUGAACAAGAUGGGGUUCUUCGCCGAAGCAGGGCCUGUACAGAUUUUUGUCUCUAAUCAUUUAAUACCAGAUGACAUGGAGUUUCAGUCUGGAGAUGCGCCAAACUACACAACAUCUGAUGGAUCGGUUAAAAUUCAGAAGGAUAGUGAAGUACGACUAAAGAUCAUUGGAACUCGUGUUGAUGCUACAGAAAUCUUCUGCAUUGGUACAAUUAAGGAUGAUUUCUUGGGUGUCAUCAGUGAUCCCGGAGCAGCUGUCUGAUAAACACAAUUUCAGAUUCUUGGCCAUAGUUGGUGAUGCUGUAUUGAUUUUCUUGUACGAGGAUAAAUGGACUGUUUAUAGAAGACCACCUGGAACUCGAGCUGAAGGCUUUUUAUUUUUUUUUUUAUUUUUUUUUUUCAGUGAUACCGGAGCAACUGUCUGAUAAGCACAAUUUCAGAUCCUUGGCCAUAGUUGGUGAUGCUGUAUUGAUUUUCUUGUACAAGGAUAAAUGGACUGUUUAUGGAAGACCACCUGGAGCUCGAGCUGAAGCUCUUUUUUUUUUUGGUCUAGAAGUCUUGUACGCCGCUGCUAUGCAAUUUGGAGUUAUGUCGUUGUCUUAGAAGUUUGAUUUAAUUCCAAAUAUAUUUUAAUAUAGUUAAUGAUAACAUAUUUCUAAAUUGCAUUUAUUAUUGGUUUUGGAAAGUGGGCAAAAUUCACAAUUUAUAUAUUGAAUAUUCACAACUAAA